UUGCAUCCCUAGUCGUCCGCUCCAAUAUCCGCGCAUAAUUUCACUCAGCAAACUAAAUAAAAUACCCCAGCUAAAUCGGGACUAAACUGACCCGAAUCAGCUGCACAUUGGCCGCCAUUAAAACUUAAAGACGAAAGUGUGAUAAAUGGCCAGAAACCGGGCAGCUGUGCGUUAGGAAAAAGUGAAAAGUGCUGUUAACACAGCGAGUAAAGUGUGUGCGUGUGUGAGUGCGGCAGUGCGUAUGUGUGUGCGUGUCUUACGUUGCAAACAAAAUUUCUUUACAAUUUUUGCAUUUGAUCGGCGGCUGAAGCGGCGUUCUAUAACUUUUACCCCGAUCCGAGAAGCGCAGCAUUGCCCUCAAAUGUUGCUCCCCCGACAUGAUAAUGAAAGAUGCACGAAUAUGACGUAAAUGAGCGAAAAGAGGAACCAGCCAGUCUUCCACCCACACAAAACGAGACCAGCAACACAAUCAGCAACAGGCAGGAUCAAAAGCAAGAGGAGGAUCAGCCAACACAGCAGCAAGACCUGCAGGACACACCAAGCAACUACAGCGAUCCCGCUCAGGAUCAGUCAAACCAGGAGCACAAUCAACCAAACCAGCCCCUGCAGGAUCAUUCAAACCGGAAGCAGCAAGACCUCUUGCAGACUCCCAUCCUUUAUCCUCGGGUAGUUUUCGAUCAGGAGCCUUCCAGCCAGGAUAUUUUACCUCAGGACAUCCCAAAGGGUUCACCAGUAAAGAAGCGACAGCGUCGCGUUUAUGUUGCUGACUCGUUGCGGUGCUCCAGUUUACGUUCACGUCGAGAAUCAGCGACCAAGGAUCCCGUUGAAGUCGUCCUAAAACAGCCGGAAGUAACUCCAGCACCAGCAUCUAUCCAGGCGCCUUCACCCACGCCCACAGAUUCCUCCGAUUGCAUACCCGCAGACCUCUUUAAGCCGGAGUUUUGGAACCGAAUUGAGGAGGCGCAGGAGCCAAAGCUCGCUGGCAAAAAGCGACGCGCUGCCGGGGGAUCGAAACGGACGCGGGUCAACAAGCUUCUGAGAGAGAUCGAGAUCCAUUCGCCGGAAACGGCGGCCGCAAUUGCGGCAGCGCAGGCGGAACUCAACGCUGCAGGAAACUCGGGUCAGAGGGCCAGCCGCAAAAGGACCACCACAAUGUCGCUGUACGAUCGUCGGUUCCAGACGACCACCGAUGAGCGUCGCGUGGCUAACGGAUACGGAGGCAAUGGAGCGCGAUCGGGCUCCGGAUCGGCAUCCAACGAGAUAGAGUCCCAAGAGCUGCAGAGUCAUCAGUAUUACGGGCCCAACGGGGGCAGCAAUACCACGGGAUCGGGAGCGGGCUUAAACGGCAGUGCUGCGGCCCUCAAUCACGCUCCUUCGAUGGGCACGCUCUGCAACAUUGGCAACAGUUGCUACUUGAACUCGGUGGUAUACACCCUACGCUUCGCGCCACACUUGCACAGUCUGCACCACUUAAUUCAGGAUCUGAAUGUGGUGCAGCAGACCAUUGUGCGGCAGCAAACGGCCAAGUCGGCGUCGUUGGGCCGCAAUGUAAGUGCCGCCCAGUUGGAACAUGCACGCAGCUGGAGCAGCAAGGAUCUGGCCACCAGUACGGAUCAGUACAGCGGCCUCAACGGCGGAGUGAAUAGCGGAAGCGGUAGCAGCAGUUCCAGCAAGUCAAGUCAUCAGUCGGUAACCGAAAAACUUCACGAGCUGUAUAACAACCUGCACGGCAACGAGAUGGCCGACUCCACGGAGCCCUACCACGCGGAUACGCUGCUGCACGCCAUCCAGGAUGUGAAUGCCACUUUCGAGGGCAACCAGCAGCAAGACGCGCACGAGUUUCUCAUGUGUGUGCUCAAUUGCAUCCGCGAAACAAAUCAAUCCCUUAUCAAGGCCAUCGGCGAGUGUCCCGAAGUCAUUGCAAAUGGCUACAUAGCCAAUCCAGAUGAGGUUGAGACCGGAGAGUCCCAGGAUCGCACUGAUUCCACUGCCACACAGAACCUGAGUUCUGGCAAUGGAUCGCUAUCAACUAGUCAAACAACCACGACCAAAACGUCGUUCUUCUCUCGCAAAUCGAAGAGAAAAGACGAGGUCAAGUCAACUAAGUCGACGCGCGUUCAGUCGCCGCUUAAGGACAACAGUCCAACGGCGGGCGGAAUUUCGGGAGCGGGCACGGCUCAUGCCACCGCCAACAGCCUGUUUUACCUGAACACAGUUGAUCUCAGCGGCGCCAGUAGCACCAGCGGAACUAGUGGCAGUGGCGCUGUUCCCACGAAUGUUGCCUUGCCGACUUUACCAGCGCCCCAGGCCACAAAAUACUCCAGCGACGAUGAGGUGAAUUCGGCUACAGCGUUGAAGGACAAUAUGCGGCUAGAGGAUCGGAUACGAGAGCUGAAUCUGAACUUCUUCAGCUCCGACUUUGAGGGCAUUGUGGUGCUAACCACGAAGUGCCUAAGCUGCGAAACGAUCACACGGCAAAAGCAGGGCAUGCUUGACAUUUCUGUGCCAGUGCCGAUCUCGGGUUACGACAAUACCGAUCUGCAGGACAAACCCAGCACCUAUAUACAGAACUCUUGUAUUACGAAGGAGUAUUUUCGCGGGGAGAAUAAGUACAGCUGCAACCAGUGUACCGGCUACACCGAGGCCAUUCGUUCCAUUUCGUACGAGGUGCUGCCACGGUUACUGGUCAUCCAGCUCAAUCGGUUUUCCGGCGGCAUGGAGAAGGUGAGUACGUACGUGCCCACCAGCUUUACGCUGCCCUGCUUCUGCGCCACCUGCUGUGAACUGAGCGAAGGACACAAGCUGCACGUCUACAAGCUGUACAGCGUGAUCACCCACGUGGGAGCCACCCUGACGGUCGGCCACUACAUCGCCUACACGUGCUUCUUAGAUUUGGCCAGUGACUACGUGAACUGUCCGAAGGAUCGAAGGAAUACGAUGACGGGUUCGCAAACGAUGUCUUCGCAAAGCGCGACCUCCAAUGAGAACGCAGCUCCCAACAAUGGAAGCAGCUCCGUGGCCAGCACUCCAGUCAUUGCAGCUGCCUCGGCGUUGGCCUCCUCGGGCAAUAUUCUAAUGAAGAAGAUGAAGUUCGGCCGCAGCAAGGCCUCGAGCAGUGGCGAUAUGAGCAAGAACGUGAAGCAGGUUAAUGGGACCAGCAGCAAGAACAUCACCAAUGGGAUCGGAAAGAUGAGCAUGAACACCACCUGCCAGGGAGUAAACUGCUGUGCCAUGAGGCUCUGCUGCACCCAGCAGACGAGCAGCAGCAACUCGGCCAGCUGCAGCGAUUUCAGUGAGGAGUCCCUGCAAAACGGCAGCAACAGCAAUCUCAGCUUUGGAGGAGCGGGGGGCACAUAUCCCACGGGCUACGGAAGCACGGGACGCGGUGGUGUGAGAGCCAACUACGCCCACGGAGGCACGGAUCCCAUUUGGUAUAUGUGCGACGACGACAAGAUCAAGGCCAUGACCCAGAGGGAGUUCGAGGAGUUGCUGUCCCCCACUCGCAAGAUCACAAUAACUCCGUACUUGCUCUUCUACGCACGAUUUGAUCUCCAGCCGCCGAAGGCGACGCCACCGAAGCCAGGAACAUCCUCAACGCCUCCGCCGCCAUCGUCGGCACAAAGUUCUUGGUCGAAUGAUAACGUGCCCAGCUGUUCGCACAAGAUUUGAGGUUGUCCCAAGACCCAGAGAUCCAAUGGCAGGCGUGGAAAGUGAGGACGGAUUGUCAAAACGUAUAUCGGCAUACUGAUCGGAUUGGAGAUGUCCGUAGUCUAGAAUAAUAAGCAAAAUAAGAAGUCUGUUUGUUAAACAAUGUAAUCGUACUAAGCUCUAUCGUUUAUCUACAUGCAUAACUAUUCAUAAACUAACCAGUGGUUUGACUGAGGCCUCAAUUCCAACGCCUUAAGGCACCCUUUUCCCAAACUCCGAUGAUUAAAUAAAUUUCGUUUGUUUUUUUUUAGCAGCAAUCAGUUCAGCCUGUUCAAUCGAUGCAUUUGAUUUUGGCAUUCUAUAAUUGUAUUCUUAUCGUUAUUAAAUAAAAUAUACUUACUUACCAAACGCGUCACAUUGUAAACACGAAUUUAAAACGUUGAGAUUGUUUGCUUCAUUGAAUGUAACUGACAUUUGCAAAAACGUUUUCGAUAUACUCGUACAUAAGUUAAAAGCGAAAGCAAUAAAAUUAACAAACCUUUGAUUCAAAUUAGUGCAUGGCAGAGCAAGCUGGUGUUGUAAUGAUAGUAAUUAAUAUAAAUAGUAAUAAAUAAUCUCCAAUAUUCUCAUAGGA